GCCGAGAAACCUUCACGGUUUGAUUUCAGCCAGUCUUGCUCUUCCACCGUCAUAGAGGCACCUUAUCUGUAGAGCUUAUGGCUGAUUUGGGACUCAUCUCCUUACCCUGAGGCUGAGAUCAUCGUAGCUGUUGGCUCCUUAUUCUACCUUGUCGGUCUCUAUGGAUGUCUGGUUCUGGUUGAGUUCGCCUACGGACGUGCAUUUUCCCGGUUUAGGAUGAAUAUUGACAUAGCUCCGCUCCAACCAUCCUGUUCUAAAUUAUUUCGCGUCCUAUGCAGACCCUAGGAAGUAUGCGAAAAGUACUCUUAACCAUCACUUAUCCAGCUCGCAAGAGAACGACUGACGGCUCCACGACGCUGUUCUUCGCAAUCCGAAAGUAGUUUUUUAACAACUGCCAGUAUUUCCUUCAAUCCAAAACUUCUCCUUGUCUCUUAGGGUGUGAGGACGUUUGAACACGAUCAGAAAGAGGUAUUAAAAUAGCUGACAGCACAUUAGGAUCCAUGGAUGACGAGCCGAUCAUUCCGAUGUCGGACCCUGUGGCGCUUCUGUCCCACAUCGAGGUCCCCAAUCAGGUUCGGUCGGUUAUCAUGGGAGGUCCCGGGAACAGCAACGACUCGUAUUACACGUACCUGGAGGCCAUAGAUCGGCUGCACGGUGCAGUGCGGUUCAUAGAGGAGGAGCUACGGAACGGCCGGUACCUCAUUGCCAAGGCCAUGGAGAAUGUGAAGCAAGACUUCAGCAAGCUCCUCACCAAUAGCAGUUUGUUCCCUAACCUGGACGAGUUGCGGGAGGCGAUGCUAUCUGAAGAAUCACCUGACCAUAUAUCACCGCCGGAGAUGGUCGAGGCUGCAGCCAUUCCCAAGCUGCACGCGAUGGCCAGGCGGCUCAUUGACAACGGAUGCGCGCCAGACUGCUGCAAGAUGUACCGCGAGAUGCGAGAAGCCGCGCUGAAGCGCAACUUCCAGCGGCUGGGCGUGCAGCAGGUGACCAAGGCGGAGAUCCAGAGCACGCCGUGGCCGCGGCUGGAGGAGAAAAUGAGGCGCUGGAGCGAACACAUGCACAUCGGGAUGAUUCUGGUGGCGGGCGAGAGGGAAGCAUGCGAUCAAGUCUUUGCUGGUUUGGAGCCCCAUGGCGAGCAAUGCUUUGUGGACCUGUCGCGCUCCUCCAUCAUCCUGCUGACGCACUUUGGCGACGCCAUCUCAGUCAUCAAGAAGUCCCCCGAGCGCCUCUUCUCCUUCCUCGACAUGUACGAGACCACGCUCGACCUCAAGUCCACGGUGGAUGAGCUGUAUCGAGCGGACGAGGGCCGGGCAGUGCGAGAAAAUUACCAGGAGCUGCUGACAAUCCUCGGUCGGGCAGCCCGAGACACGUUUGAAAAGUUUGAGGAUGCAGUGAAGGCGCAGCCGACUGCGGAAGAUAUGGGCGGCAUGGGCGGGAUGGGCGGGAUGGGCGGCAUGGGUAGCAUGGGAGGCAUGGGGCAGCCUGGCAACGUCCCCCGCGCGGAAAUGCUUCGAAACGGCGGGUUCCUCAACAAGCUUAAGAAGAUGAUGCUGAAGGCGGAUGACAACAUGAGCGAGGUGGGCGGGCAGCAGGACGUGGCAGCAUCCAACGCCAGUGGGGACGUGCACCCCAUCACGAGCUAUGUGGUCAACUACCUGCUGCUGCUCUGCAACAGCGACCUGCCCUACUUCUCCAUCCUGGAGUGCGUCUUUGAGGACAUGGCCAACACGGGCAACGAGUCAGGAGCCUCCAUCAUCACGCCCAGGGUGCAGGGCCGCCUGGCGUUUGCCGCUGCGCGCAUCCUUGAGGCGCUCAAAGUGAACCUGCAGCACCGUGCGCUCAUGCUCAGAGAUGACGCCUUGGGAGAGCUGUUCCUCAUGAACAACCUCGCCUAUGUGCUCACCAAGAUCGAUGCUGCUGACGCGGGUCGGCUGCUGGGAACAGCGUGGAUUGGCAACUAUGGGGCCAUAGUGGACAGCCAUCGGGACCGCUUCAUCAACUCCUCCCUCGCUAAGUUUGACCCUGUGUGGUCUGACGAUCGCCUUGACACAGCCUCACUCGUGAAAAGGCUGAAGCUCUUCAACUACACAGUGGAGCAGAUGAAGCAACGCUACAUGGCGUGGACCAUCCCUAACCGGGAAUUGCGGGCGCAUGUAAAGAAGAUGACUCUUAAGAGGCUGCUGGACAAAUACAGAGAUUUCAUUGUUCGGCACAGGAAUGUGAUUCAGAGCCAUCGGACCCUGGACGUGCGAGUGUUCACAUGUGAAGAGAUCGAGCAAAUGCUGCUGCCUUGCUUCGACACCGGUCCUUCCAGAGUGAAAUAAACAAGAACUCUGCAAUGCAACAGCCUACAUAAAAGUUUUAACUAGGGAAGUCUUGGUGGUAGUUUGUGACGAAGCUGUAGUUGGUUGCACUGCACAGUAAUAAGCUCAUGUUGAUUGGCUGAUUCUAGGAAGACGAAGUCACGAAAGCCUGUGGAUUUUGAUUCUGCUCAGACUGCCUGCUCCGGUUAGGAGGGACUUUUUUGUAGACGUAGGUUCUGCCAUUCAGUCUUGGUUGUCCUAGUAACCACCU